AUGGCACACGUUGCCAAGGGCAUGCAGCGCACCGACCCGUUGAUCUUGGAGCACCCAAUGAAGUUCUACAACAAGUACAAAUCGCUGCCUGGGGCGCUGGGGAUGCCUGGGUUUGGCGCCAGGGUGGUCGCGGGGGACGAAAAACUCACUUGGGUGGUGAGGCCUGAGGGAGCGAAAAAAGCCCUUCUCUUUCUCCAUGGAGGCGGCUACUGUGUGCCCAUGACGGGAACGCAGUUUGUGGGCAUCAUGGCCUUGUGGUAUGCGGUGGACCUGGAGAAAAGACACAACUUGGCCAUAGCCAACUUGGACUACUCGCUCACGUCGCGAGGCUACAGGUACCCGACCCAGAUCCACGAGGCCGUUGAGGCGUAUAGGGUUCUCGGUGGUCUAGGGUACGAGGAGGUGAUGGUGAUAGGCGACCUGUGUGGGUCCAACUUGGCGUUGGCGCUCGCGAGGUACGCUUCGUACCCGGAAGAGGCGAGGGCCCAUUUUGCUGGCUACACUCAGUUUCAGUGGAACUUUGACCCUCUCCCGCCCGUCAAGCAUCUUCUUCUUGUGGCUCCGUGGCUCCAUCCCUACAGAGCGCCUGAAAAGUACCCUGGAAUCAACUACGAGGGCGACUUGGGGUCCCACACAAGCGACAUGGGCGACUACUACAUCGAGGGCCUGAGCAAAGACGACGUUUGGCCGUGGGUGGAUUUCCACCGCACCAACUACACCGCCCACUGGGCCAAGGUGCCAGCUUUCAACGGCGACGGCAGCACGUUGGUAUUGUACGGCGAACGAGAGGUGUUCAGGAAGGGCCAGGAGGACUUUUUCCGUCGCAACGGGCUCCACAAAUUCUCUGUGCACAUGCAGCCGGGGGCCAUUCACGACUCGAUGUUUUACGUGGAGCCCAUUGAUUUGAAGUCUUGGAGGGGCCAACAGGAUAUGGUUUUGGGGAAGCACAAAUCGAAGUUUUCGUUCCACUUGGCGGGCAAGUUCCUCGAUGGUGUACUUUAG